CUAAAACCCUUUUAAAACCCUAAAAUCAAAUUCGAAGGUUUCGCAGUUGCGAGACAGAGUCGUUUUGGUCUGAUUUCGAUCACGAUGAGAAGGGUUAACGGAGUUGCACUCAUCAGCCGAGCCAUUUCUGCCGGAUUCGGCGCCACAACUAUUUCCGGCACCGUCGCUAGCAGCAGCGCCACUCAACAUCGACUUCUUCAAGCAGGAACCUUUAGCUCAUGCUCGCGUUCGGGGACGUUGUGGUGCUCCGGGAGAUCCUCCGAUGGCAUCGGUCAAUCGAACCCCUCUGCUGGGACCGUGUGCUUCUCUAAUGCUGCGUCAUUGGCACAAGAUACUCACGCCAAGGAGUGCCAGAGCUCCGAUAAGUUUCACCCAAAAGACGUUGUGCUCUAUCAAUACGAAGCCUGCCCUUUCUGCAAUAAGGUCAAAGCUUUCUUGGAUUAUUACGAUUUGCCAUACAAAAUUGUGGAGGUUAACCCCAUGAACAAAAAGGAGAUAAAGUGGUCUGAUUACAAGAAAGUUCCUAUUUUGAAAGUUGAUGGUGUACAGAUGGUCGAUUCUUCAGAUAUAAUUGAUACUCUGUAUAAAAGGAUCAAUCCUGAGAGCCCCACUCUGGACAGCGAAGAAGAAAAGAAGUGGCGCAGGUGGGUGGAUGACCAUUUGGUGCAUGUUUUAUCACCAAACAUAUAUCGAACUGUUUCUGAGGCACUUGAGUCAUUUGACUACAUCACAACUCAUGGCAACUUUAGUUUUUCUGAAAGGAUAGUAGCAAAGUAUGGAGGAGCUGCGGCUAUGUAUUUUGUCUCUAAGAAACUGAAGAAGAGGCAUAACAUCACUGAUGAGCGUGCAGCCUUAUAUGAAGCUGUAGAAACAUGGGUGGAUGCUCUAAAAGGACGACAUUUUCAUGGUGAUUCAAAUCCAAAUUUAGCUGAUAUAUCUGUUUUUGGCGUUCUGAGGCCUAUCAGGCACCUUCAAUCUGGAAGAGACAUGGUAGAGAAUACCCGGAUUGGAGAAUGGUACAGUCGCAUGGAAAGUGCAGUGGGAAAGUCUUCUAGAAUUCAGGCAUAAUGCUACUACUGUUUUAUUAAUGAAUUAUUUUACAAUCUGCUUUACUAAUAAAAAGGAAAAACAAUGAAACUUAUAUAUAGUACUGGUUUGGAUGAUGACCAUAGGAAGAUAACAUCUUUCAUAGACUUUGCUGAUGAUUAUUAAUUGAUUUGGCAGUAGUAAUCACUCACUCAGCAAAGGCGUUUUGGUCAUGUUUAGUAGUAGCCCCAUACAGAUUCAGAACUAGCUGUAUUAAAUAAAUGAUCAAUGUCAGUCAAUUAUACA